UGUUCUUGCGGCGCAAACUGUGUAAACUAUGUGUAAAGUACAGACCUAAUCCUGGUCGGAGUGACGGAGUCUUGUCUAAAAUAGACAAAUUGAUUAAAAGUGUCCUCUUCGAUGGUCGUGACUGUGCGAAUUCGCUUGUGACUCAGAACGUACGUUUAUCUAAAGUAAACUUUCGUGUGCAGAGCCUAUAUUACUGUUUACCCGUAGAGCAGUGCAGUUGUUGCCGCGAACUUGGAUCAAAAUGAUACGCUACUGUCCGAAUGACACGUCUAUGGACGUGGUGUGGUUCAACCAUGGCGUCUCGCAGUGCUUCAUGGAUACGGUGGCAAUGGGGACGAUCGGUAGCUUCAUGCUACUCUUCGGCACGAUGCAACUCAUAAUGUACAGGCGCUAUGCAACCGAAGUCUACCCGCAAUUGAUCAGAAAAUCUCGACUGUAUAACUUCCAACUGUUCCUGCUGGUUCUUCUGACUCUGUUGACCCAAGUUCGCUUUGUUCUGGAAGGAUUCGUGUUCGAUGGAGCGCAGGUGUACGGUUUUAUGAUACUCUCGUUAGUAGUAGCCCUGUUCGCAUACCCUUACUCAAUCGUGCUGCUCGUGAAGGAACGUUACUAUCAGUUGCCGUCACCACGAACCAAUGGCCAUGGAUUGAUACUACUCAUUUUCUGGACGAUGCUGUUUGUGGUGCAGAACAUCGCUUUCGUCAAUUUGAAUUAUCACGGUGGUUGGUUCCAGUUGCAAACGCUGAAAGACCGGGUAGAGUUUGGAUUGUUUAUCGUGCGGUACAUCGUCACGAUGCUGCUGUUUGUGAUCGGUCUGAAAGCACCGGCCAUCACCUCAACCCUGAACAGUGAAGAGUAUCAGAAUCUGCACACAAACCAGGAGAAUCAGUCCACGUUUCGAAACGCAUGGAACAAAAUGGGAACACUGAUGCCGUUUUUGUGGCCGAAAAAGGAUAGCUUCUUACAGAUUCGUGUGAUUUUCUGCUUCCUGCUGCUUAUCAGCGGGCGAGUCAUUAAUCUCUACGUACCGAUCUACAACAAGAAGAUCGUCGACAGCCUCUCUGUGCAGCCAGUGCUCUUCCGAUGGGAUUGGAUCCUGGUGUACGUUGGAUUCAAGUUUCUCCAGGGUGGCGGUACCGGCUCGAUGGGUCUGCUUAACAAUCUGCGCAGCUUUUUAUGGAUCCGUAUUCAGCAGUACACGACGCGAGAAAUCGAGCUCGAGUUGUUCCGCCACCUGCACAGCCUUUCGUUGCGUUGGCAUUUGAACCGCAAGACGGGCGAGGUAUUGCGGGUAAUGGAUCGUGGCACGGACAGUAUCAACAAUCUGCUGAACUACAUUCUCUUCUCGAUUGCGCCGACCAUUGUGGACAUUCUGAUUGCGGUGGUGUUCUUCAUAACGGUCUUCAACUGGUGGUUCGGGUUCAUCGUUUUUCUCACGAUGACCCUCUACAUUGUGGCAACAAUCAUGGUGACGGAGUGGCGUACAAAGUUUCAACGACGCAUGAACCUUGCCGAUAAUCAGCAGAAGGCUCGAAGUGUCGAUUCGCUGCUCAACUUCGAAACGGUCAAGUACUACGGCGCUGAGCAAUACGAGGUGGACUGUUACCGUGAGGCCAUUCUCAAGUUUCAGGACGAAGAAUGGCGAUCCAUAAUUACACUGAAUAUCCUGAAUACCAUGCAAAACAUCAUCGUCUGUGGUGGAUUACUCGCUGGAUCUCUGCUAUGCGCCUAUCUGGUCGUAUACCAGGAUGGGCUCACAGUUGGAGAUUAUGUUUUGUUUGCCAGUUACAUCAUACAGCUCUACGUUCCCCUAAAUUGGUUCGGCACCUUCUAUCGUGCGAUUCAAAAGAACUUCGUGGACAUGGAAAAUAUGUUUGAUCUGAUGCGCGAAGACCAGGAAGUUAUAGAUGCUCCGGGUGCUGGCGAACUGGCCGUUGUGCGCGGUGGCAUCGACUUCAACGACGUAACGUUUGGCUACAACGUUGAGCGUUUCGUGCUGCGUAACGUCAGUUUUACCGUUCCCGCCGGCAAAACAGUUGCUAUCGUCGGUCCAUCGGGUGCGGGUAAGAGCACGAUCAUGCGGCUGCUGUUCCGGUUUUACGACGUAGACGGUGGCUCUAUAUCGGUCGACGGACAAAAUAUUAAAACGGUACGCCAGGCAUCACUGCGACAAGCGAUCGGUGUAGUACCGCAGGAUACGGUUCUGUUCAACAACACGAUCAGGUACAACAUCCAAUACGGGCGUGUCGGAGCUCCCGAAGCGGACAUCAUUAUGGCCGCCCGGAGCGCCGACAUACACGAGCGGAUUCUGUCGUUUCCCGAGAAGUACGAUACGCAGGUGGGCGAAAGGGGACUUCGAUUGAGCGGUGGUGAAAAGCAGCGUGUCGCGAUCGCACGAACGAUCCUUAAAUCACCAUCAAUUGUGCUACUCGAUGAAGCGACCAGUGCGCUUGAUACCCAAACUGAGCGGAACAUUCAAGCAGCGCUAUCUAAGGUUUGCUCUAAUCGAACGACACUUAUCAUUGCCCACCGUCUAUCGACGAUCAUCCAUGCGGACGAAAUUCUUGUGCUGAAGGAAGGAGCCAUUGUAGAACGGGGUCGGCACGAGCUGCUGCUGGAAAGUAACGGUGUCUACGCUAAAAUGUGGAACCAGCAGCUGAAAAACCUAGAAAUGGGAGCAAACACUACGGACGAUAGCACGGCAGGCAACGGUCAAGUACCGAAUGGGACAGCAAAUGAAACGCCCAGCAAGAUAGCGACAUCGGCUCAUCAUCACCAUCAUCAUCAGGGUUGAGCAUCAUUUGUGCCUCCAAAAAUCCGCGGGGAAAGAUUAUUGUGUAUGGGGUAAAUUAUAUGUGCACCUUCUACCGAUAGUUAGAAAUAUGUGAUAGCGAAGAUAGGGAAAGUUGAACGAUCCAAAAGCAGCGCUGCAAUGACCCGAUUGCAAUGUACAAAGAUGGACUGAUAGAGUGCCGAUGAGAAGGGCGAUGCCAAUACCAUUUGCGCAGGGUGAUUCAAAUUAUGUACAAGAAGUCAUAAACAACGUCACUGAAACCGCGAUUAAACUUUCUGUG